AUGCACCCCAGGAGCGAUCCUGCAGCCGAUGGAGGAGCUCUGUCCAUGUCUCACAAUGACUCACGCUCUCUUCUCAACCUCUCUCAGCUUGUGCUCUCUGCUGGCCAAAUCAAACCAUCGCCAGCACUCAAACAUUCAAAAAUCACGUACUUUGAAGUAGAAAUUCUUGAUGUGCAAAGCAAGAAGCAGAUCUGCAUUGUGGACAAGGUACCGCCAGCAUCUACCAUUCUUGACGUGAAACACAAAUUUCACAAAGCAUACGGGCCGUUUUUGAAGGAUUCAAUUAACAUUCAAAGUCUUGCUGUUUCCUCCAUCAUUACACUGUAUUUUACAGACCUGGGUCAGCAGGUCGGUUGGACCACAUUUUUUCUAACAGAAUACACCGGACCUCUUCUAAUAUAUCUGCUCUUUUAUAUUCGCCUCUCAACUAUUUAUGAUCAAGUGGAAAGCAGGAAGAACUUCCGCCACCCAGUGGUUCACUUGGCCUGCUUCUGUCACUGUUUACACUACAUCAGACAUCUUCUGGAGACAUUAUUUGUUCACAAGUUUUCGGAAGGGCACACUCCUCUGAAAAAUAUGAUAAAGGGCUGUGCCUUUUACUGGGGAUUCACAUCCUGGAUCGCCUACUACAUCAACCACCCACGGUAUACACCACCAUCAUUUGGCCACAGACAAGUUUCUUAUGCUGCCCUUGCUUUUCUGAUGUGUGAAGCUGGAAAUCACUUUAUCAACGUAGCUUUAGCUCACCAAAUUAAUUCAGGAAAUAAAACCUGUUUUCCAAGUCCAACUUACAACCCCUUCACAUGGCUCUUCCUGCUGGUAUCCUGUCCCAACUAUACAUAUGAGGCUGGGUCUUGGAUUAGUUUCACAGUGAUGACACAAACUCUGCCAGUUGGCAUUUUUGCUUUCCUGAUGGUCAUCCAGAUGUCUCUCUGGGCCCAAAAGAAACACAAGCUGUAUCUGAAGAGAUUUUAUCCAGAAGUGCGGAGAAAAGCAGCUAUGAUUCCUAUCAUCUUCUGAGAUCUUCAUAAGAGUUGGAGCCCAAGUGUACAGUUCAAGAGCCAACUCGGAGCCAUUUCGUUGAGUAACCAAGUGGAUCAGAGGAAGAACUACUGGAUAUCUUUUUCAGACAAUUCACAGUUCAAGAAGAAGAGCUUUUAAUUAAGUGCAAAAAUACAGCUCUUGAAUUCUUGGUUCCUUCUAAAGAUAUAAUUUAAUUAGAUUUUCUGUAAUGGAGCUAAUUGGAAAGGGACAAGAAAACUGCUUAUAUUGAAUGUUAGAUAUUUAGCUGGUGUAAGUGGGCACAGAUGCUGUUGCAAUUAAUGAACACAACUCAUCUGCAUGCAUUCAGGUCUGGUAAUUUUAAGGUUCAGAGUUAAAUGUUGACAAGAGUCUUGAAUUUUUGCAUCAGAAGAUGUUUCACAGCCUUAUCUCUAUUAAACUGCACAAAACCAGCACAUUCUGCCUCAGCUCCUCUAAACCGUCACAUCAAAGGAUGACCGCUUUGCUGUGAACACCAUUUAGUCCAGCUUCACAAGGUUUUUCUUUCUUUUUUCUUUUUUUUUUUUUUUUAAAUCAAAUUUCAUAUCAAAUUGUUCAAUACAAAUUGGCUUAAAUUGAUCACUGCGAAGAGGUCUAACUUGCUUUUAUUUUCAGAUAGGCAGAUCAUCUCCACAAUUUCAGAAGGGGACUAUUUGUGAGGUGCUCCCCAUUUUGCUACUAAUUUGAGGCAUGACCUUGGGUACAUCACUUAAGUCUGUCUCCCUUUCCUAUUGAACAGUCUGGAAAUAGCAGAAGACUUUUUGAUCUAAAAAGCAUGUUAAGAUCUCCUUGUUCAGUGGCCGACUGCAUCCAGACACUGUUCACCUUACUUGUAUCAGGCACUGUGAAAUCCGUGGGCACAAGGUGAACCAGAGAACAGCUUGUUAUUGAAAAAGGAAAGCGAUCCUGCCAAAUGCAUUUCUGUCCAUAUUUGAACUGCCUCAGAUGGACACUGCUGAAAGGCUUCAGCUCCCCUUCAGUUUGGUCGGGCUCUAUCUGCUACUUUGCUUUCCAGGACAUUAUUUCUAAGGGAUUCUCUAGGCUUGUAUUCAAGUCCUGAAAACACUGUGUAGCUCCAUUUGCAAAUCAGUGGCAUCCAUGUCAUGCAGAAGGACAACUUUAGUUAUACAGAGCAGAAAAACCAGAGCUGCCUCAGCAGGUAUUAAGAUACGGAGAGUUAGGGCAUUAAGUCCUGUUUUCAUUCUAUUUCUGCUGCACAUUUUUCAAUGUCUUUUGGCUCCCUUAGGCUGGUGAAAAAGCUUGCCUGAAGAACUUUAUAAUCAUUAGAGAAACACUGUAGUGUACACAGGCAAGGAAGGCAGUUUGUCUCCUAAAGGCGCCAUUAUCUUUGCACCAGCUUAAGUGUUCUAACAAAGUUAAUUUGCCCAGUAAAUUGGGUUCAUAUCCCUCAUCUAAUGUCUAACUUGCAACACUUACACUAUUAGCCACUGUAACUCAAUUUCAUCUUUGUAAUGUAAAUAGAUCACUUUCCAUAUUUUUAAACUUGUAACCUGUGAACACCUAAAAUUUUUAUUCCUCUCAAUGGAAAAACCCUAAUCAAAGUGAAUAUCCACUUCUCUAAC